CAUGUGGCUGUGGAGAAAAGGAACAAUCAAAUAUCACUGAGUGCCAAACACACACAAUGGACUAGAAGGGGAAGAGGAAUGACUGCAGCACAAGGACACAUUGCAGUCAGCCUGCCCAGCGGUGUGCCUCCUCUGCUGCUGCUGCUGAGGAGGAGACUUUGUGCUGAGCAGGGAGAGUUUGGAGGGAUGGAAGAUGUCACCCUGCAGGGAGGAACACCCCAAACUCUCUGAUUCCCCAACACUUGGGCUGCAUUGAAGGCUUGGGGGGCUUCUCACAACCACAUAGACCCCCCCAGUCUCUGGAGGGGGGAGAAAAGGGGGGCUGACUGUCCUGAAACUGGAGGAAGAUGCAGCCUGAGGAGGCUGAGACAUGGGAGACCUAACCCCAAUCACAGGAGGAUCUGGUCCUGGGGGCCCCCCAAGAGACUCCCCAAGAGCUGACAACUUUCCCUUGAAGACGGAGGGCCCAGCAGGUGCAAGAAACCCAAAGUUCUGCAGAUUGUAAGCGGCACGGCGGGCGCGAUGCAGAACGGGAGGCUCUGGCUGUACUGCCCUCUCUCUUCCUCUCUCCUGAUUCGCUGGCUGACACUUCCUCUCGCUGGAUUCAUCCAGAUCGCUCAGACCGAACCCCAGAGAACAUGUUCCAGGUCCACCGUGGAGAACCUGCCCAGUGGGUGCCAGCAGGUGUGCCAGUGUAGACCUCCGCCAUUACUGCCUCCUCCGCCCCCUCCUCCGCCACCUCCGAGACUCCCGGCGCCAAUUACAAUCCCGGCAUGCUGCGUGGAGGAGACGUGGUGGCAUUUCCUGCUCAUCGUCCUUGCGGCCGUCGUCCUCUUUAUAGUGGUAAUUCUCUGCUACAAAGCGAUAAAAAGGAAACCACUCCACAAGGAAGAAAACGGCACCACCCGAGCUGAAUAUGCAAUGACCCUUGAAACAGCCUAAAUCCAAGGUACCAGUGUCAUGGUCAAGGAGCCCCCCACAAAACCCUUCGUGGUAGAGGAGCCAUUGAACUUUUUCAUUGGGGGGGGGGGGGAGACAAGCCCUGCCCAAAAGAUGGCUUGCAAUGUAGAUGGCAUGGGCCAUUGGCUGGAGACUUGGUCAUGCACCCGUCAUUCUGGAAAGAAUACCUGUGUCGUUGGGCUGGAGAAUUCCCUCUGUAUUUGUGGAAAAGGCCAGCGAGAGCUCACAAUGGCCAGUGGAUGAGCCUACGGCCAUUAUUGACUGUCCGCAAAAGUACUGUGACGCUGGCACGAGGAAGGUGGUAAACCGCAAAGCGAAGGACGUGGACAGUGACGCACGCAUGCGCAGAGUUUUAGUACCCGAGAUACAAACCCUAUGUUAUUUUCUAUGGGACCGCGCCUUUAAUGUUCAUGAAUACCAACAGAAUUGCAUGCACUUAAUACUUUAUCAAAGAAAACAUAGCAGUGGUAUAACUACUAUGCAAUACCUCUAGGCUGACUGUUACGGAAAAUAAACUACAAGAUGUAUUUCCAAAAGACAGAGCUGCCGAAUAAAAAAAAAAAAAAA